AUGAAAACUGUGAGUUCGAAAGCCACCGAGAGAUGUUUGUCUCCAGAAACACUCGAGAUGAUACACCAGCGUGGAAUCGCACGAGCUGCUAGCAACCGCGAACUAAUGUCCGAACUUGCAAAACAGUGCAGACAGGCAAUGAAAGAAGAUGUUAAAGAGAGAAGAGCAGCAGUAAUGGUCGAAGCUGCAGAGGCUGGGAAAAGCAUUCUCAAAGACCACUGA